AUGCCUUUCACUGCCUCGGAUAUCUGCAAGAUCAUCUUUGCGAUCAUCUUGCCCCCGCUGGGUGUCUUCCUUGAGCGAGGAUGCGGUGCUGAUUUCCUCAUCAACAUCUGUUUGACAAUCCUGGGUUGGCUUCCUGGUGUCAUUCAUGCCUUAACGCUCCUCAGGCCCCUCCUUACCACCCACUUCGGUUCAAAACCCGUCGAUUAG